AUGAUUUCAUAAUAAAAGAUCUUUAAUAAUUUAGAAGAUUUUCUAAACUGUCCUGAUUCUUCUUCAACAAACCUUGAAAUUCAAUUUAGAAAGUGCAAAAUAAAAAAGGAUGGGGCUUAAAGUGUAGGCAUGGCCUUAUCUCAGUAUAAAAAUCUAUAAACUUUGAAUCUUAAUUUUAGGGAUAAUGCUAUUGGAAAAGGUAUUAGAGGUUUUGCUUGUGGUCUAUAAAAUUGUCAAAAUCUUUAAUUCUUAACUUUCAAUUUGAGGUUCAAUCAGAUCGGCUCAGAAGGUUUAUUAUAUUUGGGAUAAGCAUUUGCAAAGUCAAUUUGUCUUUAAACCUUAUCAUUAAAUCUAAGAACAAAUCAAAUUGACUCAUUUGGAUUAGCAGAAUUUGGCUCAUGUCUUUCAAAGUGUGAGAAUCUAUCAGAUUUGCUUAUUAACUUAAAAAUAAAUUUAAUUGAUGAUCCUUCUGGUUUCUGUAUUGGCUUAUCAAAAUGCCCCAAUCUUAAAAAAUUAACUCUUAAACUAUCGUAAAAUAAUAUAACUAUUUAAAGUGUUUAAGCUAUGUUUGUUGCUUUAGGGAAUUGCUAAAAUCUCAACUAAUUAGAUUUAUUUGACAUUCUGCAUAAUAAGUAAGAAAAACAUGUUCCUGGUUUUGAAAAUGCUUUUUCGAACUGCUUAAAUCUUUAAAAUAUGACAAUAGAUUUUUCCUAUGGUAGAUUUGGAAACCAGAAUAUGUUAGCUUUUGGUAAUGGAAUAUCAAACUGCAAAAAUCUAUAAAAUUUAAAUAUCAACUUUAGCUAAAAUAGUAUUUCAGGAGAAGGUAUGAUGGAUGUAUGUUAAGGCUUGAUAAAAUGCAAUAAAUUGUCAAAUUUAACUCUGGAUUUCAAUUAUAAUAAAAUGAAUGAAAAAUCUGCAUAAAAUAUUGGUGAAUUAUUAGCAAAAUGCCAUAACCUUAAUAAACUUACACUAAUGCUUAGAUAUAACUCUAUCAGUUCGAAAGGGUCUUCAGAUCUAGCUAUGGGUUUAGCUAAUUGUGCAAACUUAUCAACUUUGUAUCUUUUACUUGAAAAUAACUCUAUCAGUUCGAAAGAGUCUUCAGAUCUAGCUAUAGCUUUAGCAAAUUGCGCAAACUUAUCAACUUUUUAGCUUUUCCUUGACUAUAAUGAAAUUAAAAAUGAUGGAAUUUAGUAAAUAGGAUCAGCCUUAUCAAAAUAUUAGAAACUAUCAAACUUGUAUCUCUCAUUUGGAGGUGAAAUUGAAAAUAAAACUAUUAAAGAUUUAGCUUAAGCAAUAUCAAAAUGUUCUAAGUUAACAACUUUAAAACUUUCUUUAAGUAAGUGUAAAAUAAAAGAAGAAGGGGCUUAAAGUGUAGGCAUGGCCUUAUCUCAGUAUAAAAAUCUAUAAACUUUGAAACUUAAUUUUAGGGAUAAUGCUAUUGGAAAAGGUAUUAAAGAUUUUGCUUGUGGCCUAUAGAAUUGUCAAAAUCUUUAAUUUUUAACUUUCAAUUUGAGGUUCAAUUAGAUUGGCUCAUUAGGUUUAUUAUGUUUGGGAAAAGCAUUUGCAAAAUUAAUUUGUCUUUAAACUUUGUCAUUAAAUCUAAGAACAAAUCAAAUUGACUCAUUUGGAUUAACAAAAUUAGGCUCAUACCUAUCAAAGUGUGAGAAUCUAUCAGAUUUACUUAUUAAUUUAAAGUAGAAUAAUAUAAGUAUUUAAAGUGUUUAAGCUAUGUUUGUUGCUUUAGGGAACUGCUAAAAUCUCAAUUAAUUAGAGUUAUUUAAUGUCCUGUAUAAUAAAUAACAAAAAUAUGUUCCUGGUUUUGAAAAUGCUUUUUCGAACUGCUUAAAUCUUUAAACUUUGACAAUAGAUUUUUCCCUUGGUAUAUUUGGAAGCUAGAAUAUGUUAGCUUUUGGUAAUGGUAUAUCAAACUGCAAAAAUCUAUAAAAUUUAAAUCUCAAUUUUAGUUCAAAUUGUAUUUCGGGAGAAAAUAUUAUAGAUCUAUGCUAAGGCUUGAUAAAAUGCACUAAAUUGUAAAAUUUAACUCUGGAUUUCAAUUACAAUCAAAUUAAUGAAAAAUCUGCAUAAAAUAUUGGUGAAUUAUUAGCUAAAUGCGAUAACCUUACUAAACUUACACUAAUGCUUGAACAUAACUCUAUCAGUUCGAAAGGGUCUUCAGAUCUAGCUAUGGCUUUAGCAAAUUGUGCAAAUUUAUCAACUUUGUAGCUUUUACUAAACUAUAAUGAAAUUAAAAAUGAUGGAAUUGAGUAAAUAGGAUCAGCCUUAACAAAAUAUUAGAAACUAUCAAACUUGUAUCUCUCAUUUGGAGGUUAAAUUGAAAAUAAAACUAUAUAAGAUUUCGCUUAAUCAAUAUCAAAAUGUUCUAAACUAACAGCUUUAAUACUCUACUUAAAGAGCUAUAAAAUUACCUAUUAGGGUAUAUAAGGUUUAUUGUCUGAUUUGUAGUAAUGUAUUGUACUCUAAACACUUAAACUUGAACUAAGUCCAAGAAAAGUCAAGAAAUCAGAUAGAGCAAAAAUAAUCCAAAAGAGCUUAAAAUUUAAAAGACUAGUGAAUAAACCUUAAAUCACUAUAAACUGA